UUCAAGCCCACGCUUGUAUGUGUAUGUGUUCAUGGGUGGCAGUAAGAGUGUGGAGUACAGCCAAGAGACCAUGGAAAAGGCUCUGAAACAAGUUGAGCAAAUGACGGCUAAUCUGGGAGGAACAGAGAUCCUGAGGCCCCUGGAACAUAUUUUCAGCCAGUCCUGCAUUCCCAAUCAACCUAGACAACUAUUUGUCUUUACUGACGGAGAGGUGGGGAACACCAAAGAAGUCAUCAAUCUGGUGAAGAAGAAUUCAGGUUCUCACAGGUGUUUCUCUUUUGGGAUCGGGGAAGGGGCCAGCUCUGCUCUUAUCAACGGGUUGGCCAAGGAAGGAGGAGGUCACGCUCAGUUCAUCACAGAAAAAGACAGGAUGCAGCCAAAAGUGAUGCAAUCGCUGCGAUUCGCUCUGCAACCAGCUGUGGUGGACAUCUCAGUUGACUGGGAUGUGCCAAAGGAAGUCUCUGUCACUGUCCUCUCUCCACCAAUCACAGCACUUUUUCAUGGUCAAAGGUCACUGGUUUAUGCCCAGCUCACUGGACAGAGCUCAGAGGCAGCAGAGGGCUGUGUGACGGUUAAGUACAGCCUGGCAGGUCAUCCCUCUCAGAACCAGCUACGCUUCAGUCUCACACCUGCAGAGGACACUGGAUUAACAGUGCACAGGUUGGCUGCUCGGACUUUGAUCCGCUCCCUGGAGAUGGAGCAGGAAGAGCACAGAGGAGAGCAAGAUGAAGUGAAGAAGAAAGUGGUGGAGCUCAGUGUCCAAUCAGGAGUGAGCAGUGUCUUCACUGCCUUCAUCGCUGUCAACAAAGGUGAUGGUGAGGCAAUUCAAGGACCUUUGGUGCGCAGAAAUGUUCCAACACCCAUGAUGAGGUUCUGUGGUAUGUCUGCGCCUACAGCUAUGUGUCAUUUGGUGAGUUUGGGUAAGUAUAAAAGCUAAAUGGGAUUUAAUGUCAUAUCUUUGC